UUUGAUUUUUUUCUUCCAAGCAGCCGGCUUUAGUUUUGUUUUAGAGACGUUGUGAAGCCUCCCCCUGGUUGGUCUCUUCCUACAGACCUCGCUUCCUCAGAUCCGUCUUUUUCACAAAGAGAGAAAGAGAGUUCGAGCUCGAGUAAACCAAUCGCCAAAACCAUGGCGAUUAGGGUUUUUCUUCCUCUUCUUCUUCUCUUUUUAUCGUCUUCUCACCUUGCCUUUUCCCUCUACGAAGAUCAAGUCGGACUCAUGGACUGGCAUCAACAGUACAUAGGUAAAGUAAAGCACGCAGUGUUCCACACUCAGAAGGCGGGACGAAAGCGCGUAGUGGUCUCUACCGAAGAGAAUGUCAUCGCCUCGCUCGAUCUCCGCCGCGGCGAGAUUUUUUGGAGACAUGUUCUUGGGGCCGACGAUGCCAUCGAUGAAAUCGAUAUCGCACUUGGAAAAUAUGUCAUAACCUUAUCAUCAGGGGGAAGUAUUCUAAGAGCUUGGAACCUUCCUGAUGGGCAGAUGGUGUGGGAAUCUUUCCUUUCAGGCUCAAAGCCAUCAAAGUCAUUGUUAUUUAUUCCGACAAAUUUGAAAGUUGACAAGGACAAUGUGAUCCUUGUUUAUGGGAAUGGGUGUCUUCAUGCCAUUUCAAGCAUAGAUGGCGAGGUUCUCUGGAAGAAGGACUUGACUGCUGAAGGCAUUGAUGUUCAGCAGUUGAUUCAUCCACUCGGAAGUGACAUAAUAUAUGCUGUAGGUUUUAGUGGGCUGUCCCAAUUUGAUGCAUGUCAAAUCAAUGCUAAGAAUGGCGAGUUGCUGAAGCAUGAAAGUGCAACACUUCCUAGUGGUUUCUCUGGGGAAAUAUUGUCAGUUUCAAGUGACACAUUUGUAGCAUCUGAUGCUACUCAAUCAGUUUUGGUAUUAAUAAAUGUCAGGGAUAGUGGAAUUAGCUUUCAACAGACCUUUAUUUCAGAUCUUGUGCAGGACUUUUCUGGAACAGCUGUAGUAUUACCUUCGAAGCUUACAGGGAUAUUAUCCAUAAAAACCAAUGCAUUUAUAGUAUUUAUUAAAGUCACAGAUGAAGGCACGUUGGAGGUAGUGGACAAAAUAGAUCAUGGAGCAACUGUUAGUGAUGCUCUCUCAUUUUUAGAGGAUCAACAAGCUUUUGCAUUAAUUCAGCAUGGGGAUAAUAAGAUUCAACUCACAGUGAAGCAAGGUCACGACUGGAGUAAUGAUUUACUUAAGGAGGACAUUGAGAUGGAUCAACAGAGAGGGCUUGUGCAUAAGGUCUUCAUAAACAACUAUAUCCGAACAGACAGGUCUUAUGGGUUUAGGGCCUUGAUUGUCAUGGAAGAUCAUUCAUUAUUGCUAGUACAACAAGGUGAAAUUGUAUGGAGUAGGGAGGAUGGGCUUGCUUCAGUAAUAGAUGUAACAACAUCAGAACUACCUGUAGAAAAGCAUGGUGUAUCUGUGGCAAAAGUGGAGCAGAAUCUUUUUGAAUGGCUUAAGGGACACGUGCUGAAGCUUAAAGGAACUCUAAUGCUCGCAAGCCCUGAUGAAAUAGCAGAGAUACAAAAAAUUAGGUUGAAAAGCUCUGAAAAAAGCAAGAUGACCCGAGACCACAAUGGUUUUCGAAAGCUGCUCAUAGUACUUACUAGAGCGGGGAAACUUUUUGCUUUACACACAGGAGAUGGACGAGUUGUCUGGUCUCGCUUAUUGCAUUCUCUUCGUAAAUCUGAAGGAUGUGACUAUCCCAACGGGCUUAACAUAUAUCAGUGGCAGAUCCCACAUCAUCAUGCGUUGGAUGAGAAUCCAUCUGUUCUUGUAGUUGGCAGAUGUGGAUGUAGUUUGGAUGCCCCUGGUGUCCUUUCAAUUGUUGAUGCAUACACAGGGAAGGAGCUUAAUCGUUUAGGUGCUGUUCAUUCCGUCGUGCAAGUUAUUCCACUGCCUUUUACUGAUUCAACAGAACAGCGCCUUCAUCUACUAAUAGAUGCUGACCAGCAUGCCCAUUUAUACCCCAGAACUCAUGAGGCACUUGGUAUCUUCCAGCGUGAGUUUGCGAACAUAUACUGGUACUCAGUUGAAGCUGAUAAUGGCAUUAUAAGGGGUCAUGUCUUGAAGGACAAUUGUAUUCUUGAGGUAGCAGAUGAAUACUGUUUUAGCACAAGAGAUUUAUGGUCCAUUGUAUUGCCAUCUGAGUCAGAAAAGAUUGUUGCAACUGUGACAAGAAAAUCAAAUGAG